AUGUCAAGAUCAUCAAGGCGAGAAAUAUCCCUAAAAGAAAUCAAGAAACAUGAUCAACCAAAUGAUUUAUGGAUGAUACUAUAUAAUAAAGUAUAUGAUUUAACAGAAUUUACAAAAUAUCAUAUAGGAGGUAUAGAAGUUUUAUAUGAUUGUGGAGGAUCAGAUGCAACUGAAGCAUUUGAAGAUGUUGGUCAUAGUGAUUUUGCAGUUGAAAUGUUAAAACCUUAUUUAAUUGGUGAUGUUGAAUUAAAUGAUCGGAAAAUUUAUCAUAUAAAAUCUUUUACUCCUGAAAUUGAAAUUUUUGAAUCAAGAAAUAAUAAAAUUGAUGAUUUAAAAUUUGAAAGUUUUUAUCAUUACAUUAUUAGAAGAGUUUAUGAAUUAACUAAUUUAUUUUUGUUGAUUCUUCUAGCUAUUUCUUCAUUCAUUUUGCUUAUAUUAAUUCAAAAAUUCAAAUAA